CGUUUUGUUCAACGUACGAUGUACAUGAUCAUUCUCACAACCGUGAUAUAUCACAAAGUAAAAACAAAAUAAUAAUCACAUCAAUUGUUCGUGAGCUAAAGGAAUUACUAAAAAUGGGGAUUUUAGGGAAAAUGGUGUUCAUUGGUUUCGGCGCUCUUUCCCUGGCACUAGCUCUCGUCAUCGGCUUUUCCUGGGGAUUGAGUGUCCAAUCCUUUCAAGGAAGUGAUGUGCUGAAAGAUGUUCCAUUAAUUGACGGGCAUAAUGAUCUAGCUUGGAAUCUGUAUUUGAGACACGGAAAUAAUCUAAGUGCUUUUCAUUUCGAUCAAGACUUGCGAGAUGAUCCAAUAAUGGGGACGGCUGUCUGUGACGCUUGUCGAACGGAUUUGCCACGAUUGGCUAAGGGGAAAAUUGGUGGACAAUUCUGGUCAGCCUACGUAGGAUGUGAUUCCCAAUACAAAGAUGCUAUCCAAUUAACCUUGAGGCAGAUCGACGUGAUUAAACGACUCAUAAAUAAAUACCCGGAUAAUCUAGAAUUUGUCACCGAAGCUGGGAAAAUUGAAUCUGUUUGGAAAACCGGGAAAAUAGCAUCGAUGAUUGGGGUCGAGGGAGGACAUCUGUUCGAUUCGAGUCUUGGGGUUCUUCGACUUUAUUAUGAGUUAGGAGUUCGUUAUAUCACGCUUACACACACUUGUAACACCCCCUGGGCUGAUGCUUCCACUGUUAAUGAAGGCUCCGUCUACAAUUUGACAGAUUUCGGGAAGACGAUUGUACAUGAAAUGAAUCGGUUGGGUAUGAUGAUUGACCUGUCCCACGUGUCCCACAAUGUCAUGAGAGACGUACUUGUCACAACAAAAGCACCAGUUAUUUUUUCCCACUCAUCAUCUUUCAGUGUCUGUGAUCAUUACAGAAAUGUACCUGACGAUGUCCUUUACAUGGUUAAAGAAAAUCGUGGAAUUGUUAUGGUAAAUUUCUACAACAAUUUCGUUAACUGUAAUGAAACUAGGGAAGCGAGUAUUGAAGAUGUUGUUGAACACAUAAAUUACAUAAAGAAUUUAAUUGGACCAGAUCACAUUGGAAUUGGCGGUGAUUACGACGGAGUUAAUGAUAUGCCAAAGGGUCUGGAGGACGUUUCAACGUACCCGAAUCUUUUUAAUCGCCUGUAUAACAACCGCGAAAACGAGACCGAGUGGAGUCGAGAAGAUCUCGAAAAACUCGCGGGUAGAAAUUUAAUUCGCGUUUUUGGUGCUGUUGAAGAAGUGCGAGACAGUUUGUCGGAAGUUCCUCCAAGUGAUCGUGUCAUUAGCGGAAUGGAGUUGUACAUGGCCCAGAAGAAAGAGGGAUUGAAACCCGGAGCAUGUCAGACAGCGACUGAAGUUCACUGUUUGCUGUAGGUGGAAGCAAGUGGACAUGACCAAAUUAUAAAUACCAAGGCAGUUCAAAGGAUCACUUACUGAAUCAUCUGUGGUAUUAACUGCUCGUUUUCCCUCGGACAUAGAAUUUAGAAAAUCAUGAAUUCCCUCCGACAUAGAAUUUCGAAAAUCAUGAAUUCCCUCCGACAUAGAAUUUAGAAAAUCAUGAAUUCCCUCCGACAUAAAAUUUAGAAAGUCAUGAAGAUUUUUCUGUUGUCAAUACCAUUAAUAAAUAAGUCUAAUAAAUUAAGUUGCAAAAUAACUAAGUUUAAUAAAUUUACAUAUUUCUUCAUUGAAUUCUUGCGGGAACAAUAGAAAAAUUUUCUUCUUGAAUAAAUUCGAUGUCAAAUGUUGAAAUCUCGACUCCUCAUGAAAAUUCAAAUUAUUCAAAUAAUGUUUAAUAGGUCCUUUUUUUUAGAACUUGAACAAAUGUUUUUGUGUCGUCCGAAUUAAAAUAGAAUAUAAAUAGAUUUAGAGUGUUUAGGUAAAAUAGAGAACUGAAUUCUUUUGUCGCUACUUUGUAAAUUGGGAUAUGAAUUGGUUUUCAGUAUGACAUUAAGAUUAAUUGAUUACACGGAAUUAUGAAAAUUUAAUAAGUAAUUUAUGAAUAAUUGAUGUGUGUAAUAUUAUCA